ACCAUUGAUAAAGUAGAAAUAUAUUAUGUUGUGAAAAGUGAGACGCUGUUAUAAUAUAUAUACAUGUUAAGACCCUUCGCAAAUCUGGAUUGCCUUCCGCUGGUUUGAGCUCAACACCCCGCUUCCGCCCCUCCGUCUCUUGCUCUCCCCAGCAGAGGAGGAAGAGCCCUCAGCAUUCAGCCCAGUCAAGUGAACAACAAGCCUGGCACAGACGAAAUUGUAUAGUGUGUGAAUGGAGCAGUGUGCGAGUACGGCCUCCCUGCUGGCCUCCGUGCGGGAGCAGGAGAGGCAGUUUGAGAUGCUGAGCCGAGCUCUGGAGGAGGAGCGGAGGUCGUGCGCCGGCACUUUGCCCCGCCCCCUCCCCAACAUGCAGAACGGCCGCCUUCUUUGUGAUGCAGACGUAGAGAGGCUAACACUUAACGAGAGUUACGUCAACGGGACACAUCACUUCAGGAUGGAGCCUGGUCAGAUGGUGCAGGAGACAUACACAGUGGAACAAGAGCCCCUGGAGUCCAAACCUUCGGUAUCUGUGGAGACCAACGACGAUGGCACCACAAGACGCAUAGAACCCCUGGUAAAAAAAGUAGUGAUGCCCACUACCACCCGCACAGUCAUCCCCUCCGUAUCCGACACACUUUCCUUGGAUGGUGGGGGUUCGGCGACUGGCGUGGGCGCCUACAUCCCACCCAAGGACCGGGGCUACAGGCAGGCUCCUGGAGUAGGUGUACCCAUGGAAUACCCUACUCACACCGUGCCCCGCAACUACCAAUAUGGACCUCCAGUGGGCUAUGAGGACUACCGUGCUGGAACCCCGUCUGAAACAUACGCAAGUCUCAGCAGGGGUGCCCGUGUGGAUGAUCGCUAUCGACCAGUCCAUCCAGAUGGUUAUCGAACUCUGGAUCCAAGCUACAGAGCACCAAGCAGGAAUCAGAUAGACCCCUAUGCUGCUCAACCACAGGUUGGACGAAUGGGAAGUGCAGUGGAGCUCUCUUCAAUCCCAAGGUUUGUUCCCGAGUCGUACGGACUGGAGGAUGAUCGCCGAAGUAUGGGCUAUGAUGAAGCUGACUAUGGCAUGGGCCAUCCAGUGCACUAUAGCACUGUGCCCCGUAACCACCAAGGCUUUCCCCAAGGGCCACCACGUAGGACUGGGAGUUACGAGGGCACGCUGGAUGGUGAUAUGAGUGGUCCAGGGGACAUGUACUAUUGGGGAGGUGGUGUCCCGAUGGCACAGGGAGAGAGAGGAAGCAUGGCUUCAUUGGACAGCACUCUGAGGAAAGGCCCCGGCCCAGGUGGCUGGCGUCAGCCUGAGUUGCCAGAGGUUGUUGCCAUGCUCAACUACAGGCUGGAUCCAGUCAGGAGCAAUGCUGCUGCAUACUUGCAGCAUCUCACUUAUAAGAAUGAUAAGGUGAAGUCAGAGGUUCGACGUCUGAAAGGAAUCCCAGCGUUGGUAUCAAUGCUUGACAACCCAAACAAAGAUGUGCAUUAUGCAGCCUGUGGAGCAUUAAAGAACAUUUCAUUUGGUAAAGAUCCAGACAACAAAAUCGCCAUCAAGAACUGUGAUGGAGUGCCUGCCCUAAUUAGGCUUUUGAGAAAGACCCAUGAGCAGGACCUUACCGACUUAAUCACAGGGACACUUUGGAACCUGUCAUCCCAUGACUCUGUAAAAAUGGAGAUUGUGGACCACGCAUUACACGCCCUCUCGGAUGAAGUGAUGGUACCUCGUUCAGGCUGGGAACGCGGGAGCAAUGGCGGUGGAGGGGAGGAAAAUUGUAAGCCCAGGCACCUGGAGUGGGAGACAGCUCUCACCAACACAGCGGGCUGCCUGAGAAAUGUGAGUUCGGAGCGAAGUGAAGCAAGGCGGAAGCUGAGAGAGUGCACAGGAUUAGUGGAUUCCCUCAUGUACAUCGUCCAGUCCCAAAUUGACUGUAAAGAUGUCGACAACAAGCUUAUAGAGAACAGUGUGUGUCUGCUGAGAAACCUAUCAUAUCAUGUGCAUCGUGAAAUCCCCGGCUGUGAGCGUUACCAAGAAGCUGUACCUGUCAACCAGGGCCCGGCCCCAUCCAGCCAGAAGAGCGGUUGUUUCAGCUCUCGCAAGAAUAAAGAUGAGUGGUUUUCCAAAGGAAAGAAAGAUGAGGAUGCAGCUGCAGACACAAUAGACAUUCCAAAGAGAACAACACCAGCUAAAGGCUAUGAGCUGUUGUUCCAACCAGAGGUGGUUCGCAUCUAUACCUCUCUGCUGAAGGAGUCGAAGAACCCCACGGUGCUGGAGGCCUCGGCAGGAGCUGUUCAGAAUUUGUGCGCUGGACGUUGGACGUAUGGCCGCUACAUCCGUGCCCUGCUACGCCAGGAGAAAGGUUUGCCCAUGAUGACUGAACUGCUAGCACACGGCAACGACCGAGUGGUUCGAGCGAUGUCGGGUGCGCUUCGUAACCUGGCGAUUGAUGCUCGUAACAGAGACCUACUAGGCAAACAUGCAGUGCCUCACCUAGUGGCCAACCUUCCUGGUGGCGGUCAGAGUCAGCCCGUGCGAGCACUGUCAGAAGCUACCGUGGUGUCCGUGUUGAGCACGCUCCAUGAGGUGCUGGGCUCAAGCUUGGAAGCUGCAAAGACUCUCAGGGCCUCACAAGGAAUUGAGAGGCUAGUCCUCAUCAACAAGGACGGUAAUCGGUCAGAGAGAGAAGUGCGUGGGGCUGGGCUGGUGCUGCAAACUGUAUGGGGCUACAAGGAGCUGCGCCGCACUUUGGAGAAGGAUGGAUGGAAGAAAACUGACUUCAUGGUCAAUCUAAACCCUCCAAGUAACAAUACUCGGACCAACGGAGGAUAUGAGGAUAGCACGCUGCCGCUCAUAGACAAAGGUGGCAAAGGUGACCGAGAAAUGAUUCCGAUGAACGACAUGGGACCAGAUGCCUAUUCCACGCUGGACCAACGAGGGAGAAGGAACACUCUGGACAACACAAUCGAGCCUGAUGAUAAAGAUGCAGCGCAGGGUGUGAGGUUUGGGGAAAGACAGGCCUCUUUGCCUCUAAUGGAUUCUUAUGAUGGUUAGGCCACAUCCAGUGUGUAACUGCAUGUCAGUGCAUGAAAAACUGAUCGUGUGCAUCACAAAACGACAUCCUCCCGCCCACUGCCCUUGCUGAACUGACAAAGAGGGACCAGAACACUACCGAUGGGACAAACCACCACCAUUUUCUUCACAUUCUCCUCUCUGCUGCUCAUGAUUUUGCAUCCUAUUCCCUCGUAACGAACAGUCCUCCUUUUGCAGUUGACAUUCAAGGAACCCCCAUAAAAACUGGAAAAGUGACAUGGCUUUAUGACAACAAGAUUGUUCUCGUAUCUUACAUCUCUGCGCAACUACACUACGACUUGCCUGGAAAACACUAUUGCUCAAUUUCAGGUUUGACUGUUAGGAGAAUAAGACGUUUGGGGGAAAUUGUACAUGUAUAUGUUUAAAAGAAAUUGAGGGUUAGUGUAAUCACCCCUCCACACACACACACAACCACCACCAACUUCUUUAAUGGUUGACAACUACAGAAAUAUUUGUUACUGUAGAACAACUGUUGAUUGUUAGGCGCUCACACAUGGAUUUCGAGUUUUGUAGUGGUUGUUCCUGUUUUUGCUUUGUGCUGUACGACAUGUACAUGUGCCAAAUUACAAUGCCGCCGCUACAGCUGCCAUUACUGAAUUCUAUUAACAACGUAACGGAAGCUUUAUGUACAAUGUUUUUCUUUGUGAAAGUCCAUCACGAAGAUGCAUGGGCAUGCUGCAGUUUCUGAAUUUGAUAUCACUAUAAAGGGGGCGUCAAUUAUGAAUUUGGGGUCUCUUAUGAUUUAGUGGAAGAUCAGUCUUCACCUGCGACAUCUGAUUGAUUGCGCUAUGUACUGCGAACUCCUUACAGUUGUGAUUCAGCAGAGGCAUUUUUCUUAUUUGUGAGCCCAUAAUCUGAAUGUGUAAUACAGUACUGUCUUAACAGAGAUUGUGUGGGCCAACUAGAGUGCCUUGAUUACUCAGGAUAGGUAUGAUGGGUGUGUCAAACCAUAAUGUGGCUUGUCAAUCACCGUCUUAGUAUAUGGAAUGCCGGAGUUUUGUGUUCUAUGAGUUAAUGGACUACAUCUGUUUUUUUUUUUUUUUUUUGGUAUGGCAUUGAUUUUUGUUGAUGUGGUUUAAAGGCAAAACUCUUGCAUUCUGUGUAUGUGUGCCACAAACGCACCGCCUACCUGCCUUUUAAGUCAACAGAACAGCACAUGGGAGAAGAAAGUUGUCCUUUUUUGCCCACAUUCUCAAGUUCUGUGCUUAUGUGGAGCACAAUAUUCCCUAGUGCAAAGUAAGAUGUAGAUAAUUUCACCAAAAAAAAGAAAGGAAAAAAAAGCACGAGGUGAUAUUUUGUUUCUUUGCUUUAAUUUUUCGUGCCAACUGCCUAAUUUUCAAGUUGCCUCGAAGAGAGGACUGAUUAAAAGAAUAGCGAAUUGCUUGGGAUUAUGUUCGUUUGGCUUAAAAAAAAAACAUAGACCAGAAAUUGUCCUUUAGGUAGAGGAGGGGGAAAAAUAAAAGCACAUUUAUACAAUAUAUAUACACAAGAGAAUAUUUGUUAAUUUUAUGGCUUUAUGUAUUUUUGUUUUAAUAUUGAUUUGGGUUUAAUUGUUUUGGGCAUCUGGGUGAACGCAUAUGCAAUCCGUUUUUGUUAGAUUGAAAAUUGUCUUAAUUAGAAGCAUAAAAAAGAUCCAACUUAGACAUCUGCAAUUGGUUGAAAACUGAUUAUAAACUACACCUGAGUAUUUCUGCCUUUGCUCUUAAAGUUGCACAUUCUCAUUUAUGAAUGACUUAUGUAACUAGCAAUAUUGUUUUUAAUAAAAAAAGGAAAUGAUUUUUCA